GGGCCGGAUGGCUCUAUCGUAUCAUAAGGCCCAAACUCAUAACCCAUAUCGGCCCAUACCCUUCUUAUUCCCCCUUUUGGCAUCCCCUGACGAUCGAAUCGGAAUCGGAGAAACCAUGGGAUACGUACUGAGGGUGAGAUUCGCGUCGUUCUUCGCCGGAGCUGCGGUGGCGUUAGCCGCCGGAUCUUAUUACCUUCACAAGGAUUACAAGAUUGCUCAUCAAGCUAUGUCUCAACAGAUGAACAAUCUUUAUAAGUCUCUGGACGGACGCAUAUCUUCGUUGGAAAAUUUGAAAGAAGGUGAAGCAAUGAAGCCCAUUGAAGAUGCAGAAUAAGGUAUGCCCGCCAAGCAUCGGACAGUUAUUCAACUGUUGUAGUAUGUCUUAUUAUGUUACAUUUUAGUUACCGUUGUUUUAUGCUUGCGGGAUCAAUGAUGGUUAUGUAUACAGUUCAUUUUUGUUUUUAUCUCUAAUAACAGAUGUGGAUUGAGAACCACACACCUAACUGGAAGCUGUUGAGUGAAGUAGACAUGCACAUUUUUUCACUUUCAUUCUGAUCCAAUGAUUUGGUUA